AUGUUAUUUAAGUUUCAUUCUAGAAAGAAUGUUUUGAAGGAUAUCAAAUUCUCUUUACAAUUUUAUAGAUUUCUUCUUAUCAAUAACAAAGAUUUAUACAGUAAACUAAAAUAUAAUAAUUAUAUUAUUAAAUUGAUUAAAAAUGUAAAAAAAAUUAAUGAAAUUGAAUAUAAAAAGGAAAAUGAUGUAUCUAAUUUAGAUUUAAGCUUUUCUUAUCUUUAUAAAAAUGUCAUUAUUAAAAGUAAAAAUGAGGAGAAACAUUAUGACAUGCAAAAUGGAUUAAAAUCAUAUAACUUAUGUUGUAAUUACGAAAUUAUAACCAACAAAAAUGAUACAAAAAAUUCAAAUGAUUCAAAAAAAAUAUUUUAUUACAUUAUAAAUUCUAUAAAUAUCUGUACUUCACAGCAUAUAUUAAUGAUAUUAUAUAGCUUCUUAAUUUAUAAUAUAAAUAUAGAAUAUUUAAAAAGAAUAAAUGAGCAUGUUUUAAAUAAUAUAUAUAAUUUUAAAACAAAUGAAUUAAUUUUAAUUCAGAUGUUUUAUGCAUAUUUCGAAAUUAAAUCUAGUAGAAGAAAAAAUGAUUUAUCUGAUAUUUUAAAAGUUAAUUUAAUAAAUGGUUCAAAUACUAAUUCUUUCAAUACUAUAAAUCAUAGCGUUGAGAUAUAUAAUCUUGUGAAAGAUUUGAUUAAAUAUGGAAACUAUUUAUUUUAUAAAAGAAAACAAAGUUUACUUCUAAAUGAUAUUUCAGAUAUACUUUUUUUAUAUUAUAAUUACAAUAUAUAUAAUAAAGAAUUAUUUGAUUAUUUUGUUGCUUCUCUUGACAGCAAUUUAAAUUCAAUAAAUGUAGCCAAUUUAAAAAUUCUUUUAAAAGAAAAAAAAAAAAUUAAGAAUUACAAUGACUUAAAUAAUUUUAAUUUAAUUAUUAAUUGCUAUUAUUAUAUAUCAUGCAUGAAAAUUGUUGAGUUAAAAAAAAUUUUUUUUUUAAAUUUUUACGAUUUCCUAUUAAAGAAUCACUUACUACAUGAUUUAUCUUUACACCAUUUGUUGUUAUUAUUGAAAAUAACUGAAAAUAUUCAAAAUAUAGAUUUGAAAUUAUCUAUUCUAAAUUUAAUUGAUAAUAUACUAAAAUUAAGUAAUGAUAUAAUAGAAAAUAAUAUAACAGUUUGCAAAAAUUUUGAAAAAUGCUUAAAUGUGUUUAAUUCCAUUUUCUCAUAUUGUGAGAAGUUUAAUUAUAUAAACAAAAAUGAAAAAGUUGAUUAUAAUUUAAAUACUAGAAAUUACGAAAAUGGUUUUAGAAAUAGUACUACUGAUGGUUGCAUAGGCACAAAUUACAUUAAUAAUAAAAUUAAUGACAGUUUAAAUGAAUAUAAUGAAAAAGAUCUUAUUAAGAAUAAUUACAUGUAUAAUAAUCUCAGAUGUAUAAAUAAUGAUUCGUUAAAUAACAACAAUAACAACUCAAUUAAUCAUUGUUUUAUUGAAGAUAGUAUUAAUAUAAAAAAUGGUGAACAAAACAAAAGUAUAAUACUACAUGAACAAAUCAAAUUCUUAGAUGGAAUAAAUCAAUAUAUUAGGAAGAAAUGUAUUGAUAAUGAAUAUCUAAAAAUUCUUCUUACAAGUGUUGCUAAUACAUCAAAUUAUAAAAAUAUCUUAAUAUAUUUUUUAGAUAUUUUAUAUAAGAACAAAAAUAUAGACAUAUUGUUAUAUUAUAUUGAUCUAUUAUGCACAUAUAUAAAUAAUAUAUAUGUAUUAUUGCAUGUAGAUUAUUUUUAUAAAUGUAUUAUAAUUGGAAAAUAUAAAGAUUUCACUUCAGACAAAAUAAUCAUAUUAAUAUCUUGCCUAUUUAAGUUUAUACAUAAUAAUAAUUACAUAAAUUCUAUCAAUAAAAACAAUUUUGAUAAUAAUAACAAGGAAUUUUUUUUAUUACUAUAUAAGAAUAACUUCGAUAUGUAUGAAUAUGUUAAGAAUAAUUUAUUAAACAUGAAUUUAAAUGAAAUAAAAUAUUUAGAUGAAUUUUUAUUUCAUUUAACUUUUAAAAAUAUGAUAAAAAAUACUUUUAUAUGCUUAGAAAAAAAUAUAUUUUAUUUAUAUAAUUUGAAAGCAAUAGAUAAACUUCUUUAUUAUUUUUUAAACAUAUAUAUUUAUUACAGUAAAUAUUCACCUAAAGAUAAUUUUUUAGCAGUUAAAAUUUCCACGUUGCUUUUUCAUAAAAUAUUUACUUUAAAUUUUUUAAAUAUAUAUAAAAAUUCAAAUAAUAAAUUUCAUGAUAUAGUCAAAAAAAUUUUAAUUUCCAUUAGAUUAGAUAAAGAUUUAGAUGAAGAAUUAAUAAAUUAUAUAUUGAACAUAUAUUUUCAAAACGAUGUUUCUUUCUCUAAUUAUAAUGAAGACAUAUUUAAAUAUAUUACAAAUAUUUUAGAAGAUGUUUUUAAAGUUAGUUUUGAUCUGAAAUAUAAAAAUGAUGUUAUUCUAUUUGAUAAUUCAAAUUGUGAAUUUCUUAAAAUAAUAAGUAUGAAAAGUUUAAUAGAAAAUAAUUUUAACAAUAAUUUAGUUAAUUUGAUUUUUUUAAUUAACAAUAAAAUAAAUUUUAAUAAUUUAUUUAAUAAAAUUAAAGAAUAUUUAUACUCUUAUGCUAUAUAA